GUGUUUCCUUGCUCCUCUUUUAGUUGAUUCAUACGACACAACACCAACUGAGCACUGUUUUCAGGUAAAGUUGACUCCUUUGAAGUUUGAAGCCUGGAUGAACAAACACGGCCAUGGCUAUGUCGAAAGUCAAUUAUUUGCUGAUAAUUGACUUCACUCAUUCACUCCCUAACUUAGCCCUAUGCACCCACAUCUGAAGUCUAACAAAGAAGCAUCAGUUUUGUUUUCUUCUUCUGUUGCGGGGGCGAAAUAUGGCAGGGCUUUCCAGCAAUUCAUUGGCAGUUACGAUUUCAUCUUAUGGAUAUGGCUGCCAAUAUCUCCAAUCUAGCUCAGGUAGCAAUGUAUGUCGGAGUAGGACCCCUCAUCCGACUAUUCUUCCUUAUGCAUAUACCUGUUCAGGCAUAAAAUCAAACACAUGGUGUGCCGGACGUUAUGACCUAUGCUUGAUUUCCCAGUCCAAGGAAGUGCACGGUCUGUCUGGCGUUCCGCAGCUAGAAUUUCCGCGGAAGCUUUUGGUACUUGGUUUCACCAAGCCUGAUAAUUCCUCUGUUGUUCCUUGGAAGGUUGCUAGUGUUGAUUUUGGGUUGGUUUCUGAAGAAGGGGACAAAUUGACUGGAAAUGGAAGGGAAGGCGCCAGUAUAAACCAAUUACAGCAGACAUUGCCCCCUUCAGGGAAUUUGUCAAUUCAGCUGAACUCAGAUUUUGAAACUAGUGGUAGUAAGUGUUCAAAGAUUUCGAGAAAGAUGGUUAGUGGGCAUGAAAAUAGAUUAUAUUUUCUAGAGGAGAGGAAUGAAGAGAUAUUGUCGGGAAGAAUUUUGAGGCUUAGCAGAUUGAAUAAGACUAGAAGUGCAAUGGAAUUGUAUAGGUCCGUGGAGUAUUCAGGUCUCCGACCAACUUUACAUGCUUGUAAUUCUCUUAUCUCGUGCCUCUUGAGGAAUGGAAUGCUUGAUGAUGCUCUAAGAAUUUUUAAUUCUAUGAUUACAAGUGAGACCAUCACAGGGCAUACUUACAGCUUGGUGCUUAAAGCAAUCUCAAAUGCUCAAGGCUGUGAUGCGGCAUUGAACAUGUUUGAGGAACUUGAAAGGAAUGGUAAUGCCAAAAGAGAUUUUGAUGCUGUUGUUUAUAACACAAUGAUAUCAGUUUGCGGCAAGGUGAAUAACUGGGUUCAGGCUUUGAGAAUUUGGAGAAUUAUGAAGCAUAAUGGCACUACUGGAACAGCACUCACUUAUCGCUUGUUGGUAUGUAUAUUUGUUCGCUGUGGUCAGAACGAACUAGCUAUUGAUGCAUACGAUGAGGUGAUGCAUAAUAGACUAGAUCCUGGUGAUGAUGCCAUGCAAGCUAUUGUUGGAGCUUGCUGUAAGGAGGGGAAGUGGGACUUGGCACUAGAAGUAUUUAGAAGUAUGUUGAACAGAGGGAUGAAGCCUAGUCUAAUCACUUGCAAUGCGCUGAUUAAUUCUCUGGGCAAAUACAGGAAGGUCAAGCUAGCAUUUAGAAUCUACAGUCUCAUGAAAUCUUUAGGUCACGUACCAGAUGCGUACACAUGGAACGCUUUGAUUGGAGCCCUGUACAAGGCAGAUAGGCAUGCCGAUGCUCUUCAGCUUUUUGAGAGGCUCAAGAAGGAGAAAAACUCUCGAGUAUUGAAUUCACAUUUGUACAAUACCUGUUUAAUGUCUUGCCAGAAGCUCGGUUUAUGGGAUAAAGCUUUGCAGCUACUAUGGCAGAUGGAAGCUUCUGGAUUUCCUGUUCCAAAUGCCUCUUACAAUCUUGUUAUUGGAACUUGUGAGGUAGCGAGGAAGCCAAAAAUUGCACUGCAAGUGUAUGAGCACAUGGUUCACCUGAAGUGUGCUCCUGACACGUUUACUUUAUUAUCAAUGAUUAGAUGUUGUAUCUGGGGUUCUCUUUGGCAUGAAGUGGAGGAAAUACUAAAUCAGGUUAAACCAGAUGCAUCCCUUUAUAAUGCUGCCAUCCAAGGAAUGUGUUUAAGAGGCAAUAUUGCUUUAGCAACAAAAUUAUACAAAAAGAUGCGCACAAGCAGUCUCAAGCCUGAUGGCAAGACAAGGGCAUUGAUGCUUCAAACCUUGCCAAAAGAUUCAGUACUGCAGAAGCGGCUUUCCUGAAUGUAUCUAUAUGACAAUCUUGUCAAUGGAGUGGAAGGAAACAACAUUGAAUCUGCAAAGAAGCUUUUAGCUUUUACUCAGGAGCAUUAGCAUAAGGAUGGUGUUAAGAUGAUGACAUUCAAAUUAUUCAUAUACUUGCUUGGCUUACCAAAAGAUUCAGCCUCCAAUGGACGGUCACUUUGAGAGAGGAAAUACCAACUACUUCACAUAAUUCUCUUGUGAAGCUAUCUAAUCUCUGUGGAUAAUGUCUUGUACAAAAUUAUAAAAAUACGUCUAGUUUAGUUUU